AUAUUAUGGGGCUCUUUUGUCUUCCUCUCACAUAAUGCACGGAGUUGGAGAACAUAAUGAAUAAGUAUUGGUGGGGAGGAGGAGACGAUGUUCACAAAAUCCACUGGAUGGGGUGGAAAAAACUAGCCUUACCGAAGAAAUAUGGUGGAUUGGGUUUUCGGGCUCUUCAUGAAUUUAACAUUGCAAUGUUGGCUAAGCAAGGUUGGAGGAUGCUGGCUAACACUGACUCACUAGCAACAAAAAUGUUAAAAGCUAGAUACUUUCCCUGCAGUGACUUCUUAAACUCAGAACUGAAGCCCACAUCAAGUUUGAUAUGGAGAAGCAUCUGGUCUUCCAAGGAAUUGCUUAAACAGGGCUGUAGACGAUUGAUUGGUGACGGUCGAAGCACACUUAUAUGGGACGACCCUUGGCUUCCUGGUGGUACUCAGGGUCUAAUCCAAUCCUUGCGACCAGAGGGAUUUGAGCUUAUGUAUGUGAGUGAUCUUAUAGAUGAGAACACCUGUACAUGGAGGCGAGACAUGGUUAUGGAAAAUUUCAACCUUCAUGAAGCGCAAUUAAUAAUGUCGAUACCAUUAAGCUGGAUGAGGAGGAACGAUGGCUGGACAUGGCUUUUCACACAAGAUGGGAAUUACUCAAUUCGAUCUGGAUAUCAUCAGGCUAUCCGAAUGCGAAGACCCCCCACUGACCCCUCUAGUUCUUCCACUUCAUUUCGAGGAAGUCGUCUGUGGUCUCUAAAUAUUCCAGAGAAAAUUCGCCUACUGGUUUGGAGUGCAUAUAGGGACAUUCUUCCUACUAUGGAAAAUUUGCGACAGAAAAGGAUAGCUAUGGAUCUUGAGUGCCCAAUGUGCCACGUGGAUACUGAAACUGCUGCUCACUGUUUUAUGACCUGUCCUGUGGCCCGAGCAGUGUGGUUGGGUUCCCCUCUAACUCUUAGAGUUUCAGAGCUCCCUGUAGACAACUUUGCGGACUUCUUUGAUGCUUUGCUAGUCAUUUUGGAUUCCAAGAAACUGAGCCUCUUUUGGCGAGGGGCUGCCAGUGUACAAAGGCGAAGUGAAACACAAUGGAGACCACCUGAUGCGGGAGUUGUAAAGAUUAACGUCGAUGGAGCAAUUUCUGCACAGCAGAAAAUUUAUGGCUCAGGUGCUGUGGCUCGCGACUCAUCAGGGGAGGUGGUAUCUGCCAUGAUGUCUAAGGAACAGGGGUUGGUCUCGACUGAGGUAAGUGAAGCAUGUAGCCUGCGACAAGCUUUGAAAUGGGCGAAAGACCUUAUGCUCGACAAGGUUGUUGUGGAGACUGAUUGUGCAAGCAUCGUCACAGCAAUCAAUUGUGAUACUUACUGCUUCAACUCCAGUCUUCGACAUAUUCUAAUGGAUUGCAAAAAUCUCAUGGCCUCUUUCACCAUCUGCCGCCUGCAACAUGUUGGUCGCAAUGGGAAUUCCGUAGCACACGAACUAGCAAGAAGGGCGCUCCAAGCAGAGGAUGAUCUAAUUUGGUUUGGGGAAACACCAAAGUUUAUUGCACAUCUUUGCAACGGAAUCCGCCAUGCUGAUCAGCAGCUGAAGCAAAGUGGUGAGCUUCUCACUCAUGUCUGGCUCAUGAUGGCUCAAUAUGGCAUCACCGACACGUUCAGAAGUCACCAGGCCACGCCAAGGCUAAGCUCACCGUAGGAUCCUCAAACUUCUUCAGGAAUUGAAUCUUACGAAACAAACUUAUUUUACUUACUGACCAAGUAAAGUAUUGAAGAUCUA